AUGUCAUUCUUGCGCUCCUGCGUCCUUCCAGCUACUCGUCGACUACCUUGCCUUGCAUCCGCGCUUUCAGCACCCUCAAGCUAUCCGCAGCUUCGGUGUCCGUUCAGCACGCCAUCUACAUCGCCGCAGCUUGUCAGACCCUUCCAUACAAGUCGUACAAACCUGUUCAAAAUGUCCUCCGCUGACGCCGAUCAGGCAAAGAUUGCCGAGCUUCAGGCGGCUCGCGCCGAGCAGGAUGAAAAGGUCCAGCAGCUCCGAGCUGCUAACACCGAGCAGUCGACGCUGAAAGCCGAGAUCGGCAAGCUCAAGAAGCUCGAAGCCCAGCUCGCUGCCAUGGGUCUCGGCUCGUCCAAAGCAGGCUCUUCCAAGCAGGAGGUCAAGUUCACCCUCAAGACUCCCAAGGGUACACGCGACUGGGAACCGCUUGCCAUGUCGCUCCGCAAGCGCAUCUUUACCACUAUCGAACAGGUGUUUUCCGCCCACGGUGCCGUCACCAUCGACACGCCCGUCUUUGAGCUCAAAGAGAUCCUCUCUGGCAAGUAUGGUGAAGACUCCAAGCUCAUCUACGACCUGCAAGAUCAAGGUGGAGAGCUCUGCUCGCUACGAUACGAUCUUACCGUCCCCUUCGCCAGGUUCGUCGCCAUGAACCAGGCCGAGUACGGAAACGUCAAACGCUACCACAUCGCAAAGGUGUACCGCCGCGACCAGCCUGCCAUGUCCAAAGGUCGAUUCAGGGAGUUUUACCAGUGCGAUUUCGACAUCGCCGGCGUCUACGAUCCCAUGGUCCCCGAUUCCGAAGUGCUCUGCAUCCUUGUAGAGACGCUCAGCGCUCUCGGCAUGGAAGGUUUCACCGUCAAACUCAACCACAGAAAGAUCCUGGACGGCCUCUUUGACAUCUGCGGUGUGCCCUCCGACAAGAUCCGCACCAUCAGCUCCGCCGUCGACAAGCUCGACAAGAGUCCCUGGGCUGAGGUGAAGAGAGAGAUGGUCGAGGACAAGGGCCUGGCUGCAGACAUCGCUGACAAGAUCGGAGAGUAUGUCAAGCUCAAGGGCGGCAAGGAUCUGUUGGCCAAGUUGAAGGCGGACGAGGUCAUGAUGGCUCACCCGGUGGCGUCGCAGGGUGUCAAGGAUAUGGAGUUGCUCUUCGACUAUCUCGACGUGUACGGCAUCUCCGACCGUAUGAGCUUCGAUCUCAGUCUGGCGAGAGGAUUGGACUACUACACCGGGUUGAUCUACGAAGCUGUCACGGCGGCUUCUGCUCCUCCUGGAUUCAACGGCGACCAAGCGGCUGCCACGGACAAGAAGAAGAAGCCCAAGAAGAAAGGAGCCGAUGGAGAGGAGGAGGUCGACGAAUCCUCCGUGGGUGUUGGAUCCAUCGCAGCUGGUGGACGAUACGACAACCUCGUAGGAAUGUUCUCCGGAUCUAAGAAGCCCGAUGCCGUUCCAUGCGUCGGCGUCUCGAUCGGCGUAGAGCGCGUGUUCGCCAUCAUGACGCAGCGUCUCAAAGAGAAGGAAGCCCAGGGCCAACGCUCCACCAUCCGCUCGAAAGAGGUCGAGGUGUACGUCAUGUCCAUCGGCGGUGAAGGCUUGCUCAAGGAACGCAUGCAGGUAGCCAAGAUGCUCUGGGAUGCAGGUAUCAAGGCCGAGUUCAUGCACAAGGCCAAGCCUAAGCUUCCCCAACAGUUUGGCGUGGUGGAUAAGGAGGCGAUCCCAUUCGCUGUUAUUCUCGCACCCAACGAGUGGAACGCCGAGUCGAGAGAGGUGAGGGUCAAGCAGCAGAAGGGCAAGGAUUCGGACGAGGGUCAGGGUCAGGGUGAGGCGGUCAGGUUGGAUCAGUUGGUGGAGCACUUGAAGAAGUUGGGCGCUGGAAAGGGUGCGGUCGCAUUGGCAGAGCGGGAGAGCAUUAUCUGA